AUAAUAGUUUCCACGCUGGUCCGCAAUUGAACCUUCUCUAUGUUAUAAGUUCUCUGCACAAUGUUAAAUGCUGUCAGAUUUGUAUUCUAUUAUUAUUGUUUAUACUUGCCAAUCCCAAAAAUAUCUGUUUUAAAAGUUGGAAAGCUAAAGAAGAAAUGGCCACGGACUGGAAAUGUGUUCCUCGCACUUAUGAAGUGACAAAAAACCACUUACAAAGCAGCAGGAGCUACGAACAUCCCUUAAAGGUUCAUGCUGUGACGGUUGUAGAAAGUAAAGGCACAAAUCAAUGUUUCAAAGAUAAUCAAAGCAGUUUCAGCAGCACUAAUAGUUCAAGGGCUUCGUCAAGCGUUUCUUUACUAGCUGAACCGCUUAGUUCAGCGUUCGAUGGAACAGAUCCGUUGUCACAAUUUGCACGGCAAGAACAUGAAUUGAAAGACCCUUUAUCUCAGAUGGCAACCGAAUAUCAAAAGAAAAAGAGUCGAGAAAAAAUCGUUGUAAAUGAAGAUGACUUGAAUUGGAGUUCUAAGCGUCUGGCUAUUUUAAAUCGCUUUACAACUUCUGAAAAAUUGUCCAUUUCAACAAGCUUCCUUUCAACAGGGAGCUCAGGAGGAGAUGCGAUAAAAGCUCAAACUGUGGUAGCAGAUAAGAUAAAAUUUCGUUUGGAACAACUGGAUAACUUUGAGGAUGGCACUAUGCGUCACAUGAUUGAUCUAACACAACAGGAAUAUAUACAACGUAUAGAACAACUCAACCAAGAGCUUGUGUUGUCUUGGAAUGACGACCAACGCGUAAAAUCUUUAAAAAUUGCCAUACAAUGUUCUAAAAUGCUCUCAGACACUUCCGUACUUAGCUUUUAUCCCAGCCAAUUUGUUCUGAUAACUGAUAUACUUGAUAUGUUUGGUAAAUUGGUAUAUGAGCGACUAAACAUAAAAGCAAGUAAUACCACUGGGGAUGGAAGAUUUUCGGAUAAAGCUGAGAUGUUGCACGAAAAUGCGCGAGAAACUUGCCAGAAUUGGUUUUUUAAAAUAGCAUCUAUCCGAGAGUUGCUGCCCCGUUUAUAUGUGGAAAUGGCUAUUUUUAGAUGUUACGAGUUCAUCACACCUAACGAAUUUUAUAAACACUUGCUCCGCAUUACUCAAAUGAUCCGCGGUAUUGGUGAUCCUUUAGUGCAAACUUAUGCACGAUGCUAUUUGGUCCGAAUCAGUUUAUCUGUAACUAAUAAUAAGGAAUGCGUUAGGGAAAAUUUUAAGGACUUUUCAAAGAUCUACCACACGAUUUUUAACGGCGCUGUUCGUUCUGAGCUGAAUCGACAACGACUUAAUAUUGAAGCAUAUUUGGCACUGUAUGGCCCAGCUAUAGAUUUCUUGCUAUCAGCACUUGUGCACAAAUGCAAACUUUAUACAGAGGAAAUAAUGAAUGAAUGCAAGGAAAUAAAAAAUAACGCACCACUAUUGAUUUCCAUAUUGAAUACUUUCCAGUCGGAAUUUAUUGCUACAAACGCCUUAGAAAUUAUCAAGUUACUUGCAAACUCUAACACAGAAGGCAUUUCAAAAGGACAUUUAUUCCGCGCGCUUGGCAAGAAUUUAGGAAUUUGCCCUCCACUGCCCGAACAGAGAUUGGCAGUUUUAAAUGCUGCUUUUAACACCAUAGAUACGUUCACCGAUCCAACCGAGUACAUAAAUUGUGUAGAAGCUUGGGCACAUUUCAUUACAGAAAACUUUCCUAUAACUGUGAUCAACGAUUUACUAGGAACAAUUUCACUACGUAUGAGCGCAAAUCGAGUGUAUGAGAAACAUUACAGCCAGUUACAAACUAUUUUAGACAAAAUUUUACAAUUCUUCAAAAAUAUAGAGUUACUACUAGUCCAAGAAAAUUUUUUACCAUUCUUGGAUUUGUUUCAGAAAGAUUCAAUAAAACUUAUUGUUUGUAAAAAUAUUUUGACAAUGUUUCAGCUCAAGUGCGAAAAUAAUAUCUCUGAUGAAAUUGUAAUCAAUGCGCUUAUGUUUAUUGGAAAGAUUCUUAACGAUUCUGUGAGUGCUUUAACAGUAGAAGAUGAGCGCCGUCAAAUCGCAAGCUUGAUAAGCAGUUUCAUUCGUAAAGUAUCUUUUCCACGAGAUUUUGAGAGAGAACUAAGCUUUUAUGUCUUGGCACGGGGUGCCUUUACCAAUUUAGAUGCUGUCUAUAUAACGUUAAUUAAUGCCGUCAAUAAGUUGGUCAUUGAAACACGGCGUAUAGUUAAUGGACAACAUACUAACAAAACGAGGGCAUUUGUAAAAGCGUGUAUAGCUUUUUGUUUCAUUACCAUUCCUAGUAUUUCAUCGGUUCAAGCUCAAAUGGACCUAUAUUUACUUUCCGGUCAAGUGGCACUUUUGAAUCUCUGCUUAGGACAGGCGGAUGCUUGCUUUGAAGCGGCACUUCAAUUAAUUGGUGAUUUACCCCGAUCUGUCGAAAUGGAAGGGAAACCCCGAAGUCUUGGAACGUAUUUAGUAUCUUAUCUGUGCAAUAUGUUGGCCACAUUGGUUAUUGUGCCUGAUAGCCCAGAUCAGGGAGUAUUGUACCUUCUGCGUCUAUUAUUAGCUGCUGUAACGAAAUUUCCUUUUGAUGUUAAUAGCUCAGGACCGACAACCGUGUAUUUGCAUGCUCUAGACAUGUUAUACGUGCAAAGUUUAGAGGAAUUCCCUUAUCAUAUACCUGGCGUAGUCUCAAACGAUGAACUUUAUGGACACGACCCGAAAUUCAUUGCUGAAGUCAAUAAUAUAUGCGUUCAAGUCAUUGAUGAGAUUUUAUUACAACUCAAAAUACUGGGUAGCGAACAUCAACAACGAACACAGGCCAGCUUAGCAUUAGAACUAUUUUUACGUAUCAUACGCUAUGCAGACCUUAGCCAGGAAAAAACUUAUAAUCUCGCUCUUAAUCUUUGGGCUCUUGCUUUAAAGACGGAGGACUAUAUCGACGUUAAGUUAAUGGAACGUACUGUGAAAUCCGUUGAGUAUAUCUUCGAGCAAAUCAAAUACACAAAUACGCAGCAUGUUCAAGCACUAGGGCAAUUAUUGAUCCGUGUUAGCAAAAAGUAAUUACUACAUUUUUAUAUUCAGCAUUUAAAGUAGGUAUGGCAAAGAAACUAACACUAAUGUAUUUCACAUAUAAUAUGUAUACUCUUAGAUGCAUAAGUUGUAAUUUAUCAUCGUCUCAUAAUUAGUACAUACAUGUAAGAUAUGUAUUAUUAAUUCUAUUUGCCUACACGUAUAUACUUCCAAAAUAUAUUUUAAUAAUAAAUUAA